GUUUUACAAUCCAGUUGAAUACAAGAAGCAGAUUUCUAAGCACAAUUCUUACCUCAUUUCCAAGGAAACAGAAGUGGCUGCUUAAUAUUAAGAACUGAAAAACUAGAAAAAAUGGACGAGGAGAAUCUCAGGAAGAGACAAAAUAAUACAAGAAUGAAAAAUGGGAAUCUAGCAGCUGACAAACUGGAGUUGGAAGGCACCAAACAAAAUGAACGAGAACAUGUGGCACUAAAACAACAGGUUGGCUUGAUCAGUGGUGUCAGUCUCAUUGUGGGGACAAUGAUUGGCUCUGGAAUCUUUAUCUCGCCUAAAGCUGUUUUAUCCAACACUGGAGCAGUGGGACCUUGUUUGAUUGUCUGGACAGCUUGUGGAGUCCUGGCAACAUUAGGUGCACUGUGUUAUGCUGACUUGGGAACAAUGAUCACAAAAUCAGGAGGGGAAUAUUCAUAUCUGCUGGAAGCUUUUGGCCCAAUUCCUGCAUUCCUGUAUUCAUGGAUGUGUAUCGUUGUUGUAAAACCUACUUCAUUUGCUAUAAUCUGUCUGAGUUUUGCAGAAUAUGCAGCCACACCCUUCUAUCCUGGCUGUAAGACCCCACAGAUUGUCAUCAAAUGCCUUGCUGCAGUUGCAAUUACUUUAAUCACAUUGUUGAACUCGAUUAGCGUCAAACUGGCUAGCUACGUUCAGAACUUUUUAACUGCUGCCAAAUUGAUCAUUAUUGUUGUCAUCACUGUGGCUGGGAUUGUUCUACUCGCACAAGGAAAUACAGAGAACUUUAAAAAUUCCUUUGAUGGAGCUCAAACCUCCUUUGGUUCUAUUAGUUUGGCAUUUUAUAAUGGACUUUGGUCUUAUGAUGGAUGGAAUCAGCUCAACUUUAUCACAGAGGAAUUGAAGAAUCCCUACAGAAAUUUACCACUAUCCAUCAUCAUUGGUAUUCCUUUAGUCACAGUUUGUUACAUCCUGGUUAAUAUUGCAUACUUUACCGUGAUGACUCCCACAGAACUUCUACAGUCUUCUGCUGUUGCUGUGACUUUUGGUGAUCGGGUCCUCGCACCAGCUUCUUGGCUAGUUCCACUUUUUGUCGUAUUUUCUACCUUUGGAGCUGCAAAUGGUUCUUGUUUCACAGCUGGCAGACUUACAUUUGUCACAGCCCGUGAGGGUCACAUGGUUAAGAUUUUGUCGUACAUCAAUGUCAGAUAUUUAACACCUUCACCGGCUCUCCUGUUCAAUGGCUUUCUAGCUAUUGUCUACAUAAUUCCAGCGGAUAUUAACACCCUUAUAAAUUACUUCAGCUUUGCUUCCUGGAUUUUUUAUGGACUGACUACAUUCUCCCUGAUUGUUAUGAGAUUUACAAGAAAAAGUCUGAAUAGACCAGUAAAGAUCCCAAUGGUUUUUCCAAUUAUAGUGACUAUUGUCUCUAUCUACUUGGUUCUUGCUCCAAUCAUUGACUCUCCAGAGUUGGCAUAUUUAUAUUGUUCACUAUUUAUUGGUGGAGGAUUGAUAUUUUACGUCCUGUUCAUUUACUUUCACUUCAGCUGGACCCAAAAAGUGAUUAGGCCUAUUACCAAACAUCUGCAGCUGUUGAUGGAAGUGGCACCAGCAGAGACUGAAAUGUAAAAAUCAUCUAUUACUUCACUUUUAAUACUUAACAUGGCUGAAGAUGGAUAUCAGGCACUGAUGGCUGUAUUAUUUCCUGACAUAUUGAAAAAAUCUUCUGUACUGUUUAUAA